AUGGCGCCCGUAACGGCACCUAUGAACUUUCUAGUCCGAGAUAGCUUGUACGAUGACGAGAGACCGUAUCUUCUCAUCUACGAACCGCCGGCAGGUUUCCCAAAGCAGAAUAUCAAGCUGGAAAAGCACACCGACUUGAGAAUAGAGGAUAUUCGAGUCUGCAAGGACCAACCUUCGUUGGACAAAAAUGGGUUUCAGAUCACCAAGUUUAGCAGCAAGAUGUCUCGCGCUGAUUUCGAUAACGAGGAGUUGGUGAAGACAGUCUAUCUUAAAGAGGUUGUAGAUCAUGUGCAAGCUAUCUUUGGGGCUCAAAAAGUCCAGAUAUUUGAGUACGUGCUGAGGAAGAGACACGAGCAGUUCCCUAUCUCAACUGGGGAGCCGUACGAAUUCAAUCAGCCCACCUCGAUCGCUCAUGUUGACACGACACAUUCUUGGACUGAAGAGAUGGUUAAGCGACUGAACCCUGCCACAGCCAAUCAGUUACUCGAGAGUCGUGUGUUGUGUGUCAAUGUGUGGAAACCUCUUCGAGGUCCUGUUAGGGAUUGGCCACUAGCCUUGUGUGAUCCCUUGACUGUUGAUACGCAAGAUCUUCACCCUGGGGAUCUGGUUUAUGACGACUACGUAGUUGAGAAUAUGCAGCUACACUACGACGACAACCAAAACUGGUACUAUAUAAGCCUGGUGUACCUCACUCAGCUUUUCCACUUCCAGAAGACGAAAAUCCUCAAAUGCCACGAGAAAGCGUAG